GUCAAAGUCAAUCGUCCCGCGAUGCUGAAGCGUCGACGCGUGCGUUAGUAGCAAAUAAAUUUACAAAAUUGUAAUUAAACAUUUCGUUUGGUUAUAUUUAAUUUGUGAUAAGUGUAUUGUCUUGUGUUUAUCAAUAUGUUGGUGCUAUUUGAGACGUCGGCGGGAUACGCUAUAUUUAAGUUGUUAGACGAAUCAAAGCUAUCUCAGAUAAAUGAUUUGUAUGAGGAGUUCAACACUCCAGAGGGAGCUUCAUCCAUUGUAAAGUUAAGGAAUUUCAUAAAAUUCGAAGAUACCACUGAAGCUUUGGCAGCAACCACAGCAGCUAUCGAAGGGAAAGUUUCCAAAACAUUAAAAAAAGCUCUUAAGAAAUAUGUAUGCAAAGAAGUACAAGACCAGUUACUAGUUGGUGAUGCAAAACUGGGGAGUGCAAUCAAAGAGAAGUUUGAUCUACAGUGUGUCUCAAAUUCAAAUGUCCAGGAACUUUUAAGAUGCAUUCGUUCACAAAUGGACAGCCUUCUCACUGGAUUGCCAAAAAAAGAAAUGACUGCUAUGGCUCUUGGUCUAGCUCACUCCCUCUCUAGAUAUAAACUUAAAUUCUCCCCAGACAAGAUAGAUACAAUGAUAGUUCAAGCUCAAUGCCUCCUGGAUGACUUAGACAAAGAAUUAAAUAACUACGUAAUGAGAUGCCGUGAGUGGUACGGCUGGCAUUUCCCCGAACUCGGUAAAAUCAUUACAGAUAACACAUUGUUUGUUAAAAUUGUCAAAUUAAUGGGCACUCGUGAUAAUGCUGCUAAAACAGACUUAUCCGACAUUCUCCCAGAAGACUUAGAAGAAAAAGUUAAAGAAGCUGCUGAAAUUUCCAUGGGAACAGAAAUUUCUGAUGACGACAUUAUGAAUAUACAACACUUGUGUGAGGAGAUAAUAUCAAUCACAGAUUAUAGAACACACUUAACUGACUACCUUAAAGCUAGGAUGAUGGCUAUGGCACCGAACUUGACAGUUCUAAUCGGUGAACAUAUCGGAGCUAGGUUAAUUGCACACUCAGGUUCUUUAAUGAAUUUAGCUAAACAUCCCGCGUCCACAGUACAGAUUCUUGGAGCAGAAAAGGCAUUGUUUAGAGCUUUGAAGACAAAGAAGGACACACCGAAAUAUGGUUUAAUAUACCACGCUCAGUUAGUCGGACAAUGCAGUACAAAAAAUAAAGGAAAGAUGUCCAGGAUGUUAGCAGCAAAGGCAGCCUUAGCAACUCGUGUCGAUGCUUUUGGUGAUGAAGUGUCAUUUGAAUUAGGUGCUGAACACAAAGUUAAAUUGGAAAACAAAUUGCGUCUUCUCGAGGAAGGUAAUCUCAGAAGAAUAAGUGGGACGGGCAAAGCUAAAGCCAAGUUCGAAAAAUACCACAGCAAAUCUGAGGUAUUUGAAUACCCCGUCGCAGCUGACAGUACAAUUGGCAAGAAAGCUGUAAAGAGAGAACAUUCUCCUGAUGAAGAUACCCCAGCAACAAGUAAAAAGAUCAAACUUGAAAGUGAUGAGAUUGAUAUCAAACCAAAAAAAGGGAAGAAAAUAAAGACAGAAGUCAAAGAAGAACAAGAAGAUCCAAGCAGCCAAGAGAAUGGAAAUGGAACAGUAGAUACCUCAGAGAAGAAGAAGAAGAAAAAGAAAAAGUCACUUGAGCCAGAAGCAGCAGCCGAAGAAGAACAGACUGAGGUGAAAGAAGAAACGCAACAACCUUCUAGUGAAAAAAAGAAAAAGAAGAAAAGACAAUCAAAAGUUGAAGAAGAUUAAACUACCUCUUUGAAGUAUUGUGUAUGAUUGAGUCAUCUGACAAAUUAUCUGAAGACACUAAUUACGUUAACUUUUUUCAAAUAAACGAUGCUUCUUUUCUUAAACCAUUUAGUAAAGUUGCCCUGUCAAUUUUUAUUUGUUAUAUAUAGCCUUAAGCUAUGCAUAUACAUAAUCUAGGUUUAAAAUUAUAUUUGUUUAUCAAAAUAUAUACUAAAUAUUUUAUGUGACAUAAAUAAUUUUUCUUCAAUUACUUUAAUGCAAAGUAAUUAACCAUAUAUAUAUAUAUAUAUAUAUAUAUAUAAUUGGGAUAAAAUUAUUAGCUUGUAUGUAGAAAAAUAAUAUUUACUUUAAAAUUAAUACUUGUUCUUAAUAUACUGCCUAGAGGUCUCGAAGUGUCUUUAGAUAAACAUAUUAUUGAAUUCUGGGAGUGUAAGGGUGCGGUCACAUCUGUUGAUACAGAGUAUCACCACCGAUAACUUUAUAUUCUCUAUAAAAAUAUGUAAUUAUUUCCAUGAAACGCUUCCAUUGUGUAAUUUUUAAAUUACAAGUUUUGAUGUGGUUUUUUUAUAUGUAAGAUAAGAACUAUUUUGAGAAUAUUUUUAUGAUUGCUAUAUGUUUCAUAGACGCUAAUGAAAGAUGUGACUGCAUCAUAACUAUUGAAAAAUGGUUUUAAUUUCUAAGUAUAAAAUAAUCUCAAUAUGAGAUUUUUACUAUUAAAAAAAAUACAUAUA